AUGCACUACCUAUUGGAGGAAAGCAAAGAUUUCAUCUGCCUCCUGUUGGUUGCUAACAGCGAUCUUCAUCCUUGGCUUGGCAUUCCAACUUCAACCCUCGUGUCAUUCAGUAGUACGCUAGAUCGACGUUGUACCCCAAAAGGAAAGAAAGAGUCGAGUGAUACAACUGUCUAUACACUUUCUUCUUACAGACACAUCGGACCACUAUUUCCAACAGACAUCAACCGUAUUGCCUGGGGAGAUUCGAGGAUUGUGGAGUUGGAUUUAACGAGUGAUUAUGUGUGA